CUCACCCUCCCAUUUCCUCACCACCUCUCUAGCUAGCUAUCUCUCUCUCUUGCUAGCUCCUCCAACCAUCUAUAUAUUCCUCACCUCACCCUCCCAUUUCCUCACCACCUCUCUAGCUAGCUAUCUCUCUCUCUCUCUCAAAAGGAAAAAAAAAUGGCACUUGUUGGACUUCUCUUCCUGGUGUUUCUCUCUUUGGGUUCGUGUGUUUAUGGAUAUGGUGGAGGUUGGAUUAAUGCCCAUGCCACUUUCUAUGGGGGUGGUGAUGCCUCUGGUACAAUGGGUGGGGCUUGUGGGUAUGGAAACCUAUACAGCCAGGGAUAUGGGAUAAACACAGCAGCUUUGAGCACAGCAAUGUUCAACAAUGGACUGAGCUGUGGGGCUUGUUUUGAGAUUAAGUGUGUGAAUGACCCAAAGUGGUGCCUACCUGGUUCAGUUGUGGUCACUGCUACAAACUUAUGCCCAGCAAACAUCAACCUCCCUAACAAUGAUGGGGGUUGGUGCAACCCUCCUCAGCACCAUUUUGAUCUCUCUCAGCCUAUCUUCGAAAAGAUUGCUCUAUACAGAGCUGGGAUUGUUCCUGUGGCUUACAGAAGGGUCCCUUGCCGAAAGAGAGGGGGUAUCAGAUUCACCAUUAACGGCAAAAGUAACUUCAACCUAGUCUUAAUCACCAAUGUUGGAGGUGCUGGUGAUGUUCAUGCUGUCUCUAUCAAAGGCUCAAGAACCAAUUGGCAACCAAUGUUCCGAAACUGGGGUCAGAAUUGGCAAAGCAAUAGUUACCUCAUUGGACAAGCUCUCUCUUUUAAGGUCACCACAAGUGAUGGUCGCACUGUGGUUUCUAACAAUGUUGUCCCUGCUGGUUGGUCCUUUGGCCAGACCUUUAGUGGUCUUCAAUUCCCAUGAAAAACUAUAAAAUGACAUUUAUAAGGAGUAGGUGAAAAAAAAAAAAAAAAAAAAAACCCAAGUUCUCAGCAUUUAGUAGUGUCUACAAAGUAUAGAAGAAGGAUGCUAAGUAUUGAAGUCAUUAGUGUAUGUUAGUUGUGGAUAUGCGCUAGAUUUGAGAUAUGGGGUACUCUGCUCUGCCCUUUUUUUUUUUUUUUGAAAAGGUAGGUAGAAAAUAUUGGCAGUGGUGGGCUUUUAAUUAAUUAACCAUCCGCUACUUUAAUUCUGAUCAGUGGUUUGGGUUGGUCUGGUCCAUUUUGCUAUAUAUGCCUCAUUGAAAAAGCAUUGUAUGCUUAUAUAUGAAGCACUGUAAUCAGCUUCUGUUGAUGCCUUGAACUUGAAGGUGUCCUUUUGUUAUAGUUUUGAGUCAUGAUGAUAUGGUAUUAUGUAAUGCACGGUUAUAUUGAAUAAAAAAGCCGUACGAGUUCUCUUUAAUAA